AGCGGUAGACAUGAGUGCGGUUUACGGGGGUGUAGAAGGGGGUGGCACUCACUCCAAAGCCUUGCUGGUGUCCGCUACAGGGGAGAUCCUCGCAGAGACCGAUGGCCCCUGCACCAACCACUGGUUGGUUGGCGUUGAGAAAUGUAUCGAGGUAAUUAACGAUAUGAUCAAGAAAGCAAAGAUCAGUGCAGGUUUGGACCCGGAUACACCUAUUCAUUCACUGGGCAUGUCGCUGAGUGGCGGGGAGCAGAAGGCUGCUAUUCAGAUGCUGAUUGAUAAGAUGGCGGAAAAGUUCCCCGAACUAAGCCAGAGUUAUUACGUUUCCACAGACGCGAUCGGCGCAAUGGCAACCGCCAGUGACCAUGGUGGUGUGGUGGUGAUAUCAGGCACUGGCUCUAACUGUAAGCUGGUGAAUCCUGAUGGCACUCAGGUGGGCUGUGGGGGAUGGGGUCACAUGAUGGGAGAUGAAGGGUCAGCAUUUUGGAUUGCUCAUCUGGCUGUAAAAACAGUGUUUGAUGCCAAAGAUAAUCUAGUGAGACCUGCCUAUGAUAUCACCCAUGUCAUAAAGGCCAUGGAAGACUACUUCCAGGUGUCAGAUCUGAUGGGUAUGCUCCCACAUCUGUACAGAAAUUUCCAGAAAUCACACUUUGCUGGGUUCUGUAGAAAACUUGCUGAAGGAGCCACUGCAGGUGAUGCCCUCUGUCGGUAUGUGUUUACCCAGGCUGGUAAAGUUCUGGCACAACAUGUUGUAGCAGUGCUGCCCACAGCACAACAGGAGCUGUUCUCAGGUUACUUGGGGUUGCCUAUCCUGUGUGUUGGAUCUGUAUGGGGGAGCUGGGAGCUGAUGAAGGAUGGUUUCACGCAGGUUCUGUCUGAAGUAAACAGGUCUGAGUACAGCCACUUCAAGAAGUAUAGCCUUCUCACCUUACGCCAGUCGUCUGCGUUAGGUGGUGCCAAGCUAGGGGCCCAGAAUGCAGGUGCCACCCUCCAACUGGACUACCUCACUACUGCCAGUGUGUUCUUCAGCCACGCAUUUCCCGAGUCAUGAUCAGGACAAAGGCAGACCAACUCAGGUUGUGAAUCAGAAAUGGUGACACAGUUUCAAGGCACUGGCAAUAGCGCUUCCUGUUUUGGUAAUAAAUCUCUGGCAAAACGGCAGUUUAGUAAAAAUAAAACUCAUUCACUUCCCCUAACCAUUUCCAGUCGGGAAAAUCUCUGUUGUCAACAUGUAUAGUUGUUGGUCUUAAAUGAUAAAAAAAGAUGUUGUUUCUCCAGAUUAUGCUAUUCAGAUAGUAGCUGGUCGUACCCCCCCCCCCCCCCAAAAAAAAAAAAAAACCUGAAUUCUCCCCUGCCAAUAUAUUAUUGAGCCUGUACACCAAGUAGAAUGAGUUAGCUUUAGGACCAUAGGAUAUGUAGUUUGUGAUCUGCCUGUUCACAGUGCAUUGACUGGCUUGAUUUGAUAAAUCAGAAAUCAGUAAGAAUGUGUAUUUUCUGAAUAGAAAAUUAGGUCUCUAUGUUUCCUACACACUAGUUGUCAAAAUACACCUUUAAAAAAUUUUUUUUUUUAUGUGGAAUCUGAAUGCAUGCUUUAUAAAAAAUAAUAAUAUAAAAAUACAUUUAAUAAACCUUUAUGUAAUAUGAUGUAUUGUGGUGCAGUUGAAGUAUACAGUAGUACAGUAAACACCAGAUAAACA